CAGCAGGCAGAAAAGGGUGUGGCCUUUCAUAUUUUGUAUUGUUCUGUGACACUUGUAUAGGUUGGGGGAGCAUAGGGACACAGAACAAGAACAAAUAGGAUUCUUUUUUAGUUUUCAGAAAGGCCUUCUGAUUUGUGACCAACAAACAAAUAGGGGGAUUGUGGGAAGGAAUUAGGAAACAAUCACUAGGGAGAUUUUGGUUUUGUUUUCUAGAGAAUACCCAAUAGCGAUGGAGGUUGAGAAUGAAAUGAGGCAAUCCAAGUUCAGAAGAAUUUGUGUGUUUUGUGGGAGCAGUCAGGGCAGGAAAAGUAGCUACCAGGAUGCUGCCAUUGAGCUCGGCAAGGAAUUGGUUUCGAGGAGCAUAAAUCUGGUGUAUGGAGGAGGAAGCAUAGGACUAAUGGGUUUGGUUUCUCAAGCUGUUCAUGACGGUGGAGGCCAUGUCAUUGGAGUCAUUCCCAAGACGCUCAUGCCUCGAGAGCUAACUGGUGAAACAGUAGGGGAAGUGAAGGCAGUUGCAGAUAUGCACCAAAGGAAGGCUGAGAUGGCUAAGCAUUCAGAUGCUUUUAUUGCCUUACCUGGUGGUUAUGGGACUCUAGAGGAGUUGCUUGAAGUCAUAACUUGGGCUCAGCUUGGAAUUCAUGAUAAACCUGUGGGUUUGCUGAAUGUUGAUGGAUACUACAAUUCUUUGCUGUCAUUUAUCGACAAAGCUGUGGAAGAGGGAUUCAUCAGUCCAAGCGCACGUGAAAUAAUCUUAUCCGCUCCAACUGCGAAGGAGUUGAUGAUGAAAUUGGAGGAUUAUGCCCCUUGUCAUGAAAGAGUUGCCUCAAAGUUGAACUGGGAAAUAGAGCAGCUGGGCUAUCUCUAGAAAAGGAUAUAGAAUGGAUAAGGAAGAAAGAUGGAAUCUGAAUUUUGGAGCUCUAAAUUUCUAUUUUGGGGGAUUCUUUUUUGUAAAUUACUGCAAAUUGACCUCAGUAAAUGAAGUUUGUUAUAUUUCCUUCUCCAUGAAACACUAAUUUCCUUUUGAAAUUGUAAGUAAAUGAUGAGGUUGAUGAAGUUUCCCCUCUGAGAAUGGGCUUACACUCUACUAACUGAAGGAAAAGAAAAAAACAAAAACAAAAUUUAGCUGUGUUUUCAUCAA